UCGUUCGCCGGUACGGCAGUCGGCGUCGGAGUGUUUGUUAUAGUACGUUGUAGUACGCACGCCACUGUAUAAUAUUGUACGCAUUGUUAUUCGUUUUACAAAUACGUUUUAAUUUUUCGUUCACGUUUUAAAAUAAAAAUAGAUAGUUGAUACUUGGUUUGGUCUUAUUAAAUAAUAACAAUUGUAUCUUUUGUUGUCAACGUAAGAGCCCGUGACACUGAAAUACAAUACAAUACAAAUUACAAUGUACACUGCACAAAAUGAAGAAUUUACAGUAUUCCGUUUGGAUUACAACUUAUCUACAUUAUUUGAUCAAGUUGAACAUUUUAAUCAAUGGACCGAAUCACUUAGCGAUACCAGAACCAGAGGAUGGUGGAUGGUAAAUUCGGUUUUCACUACACUUACCAUAACUCUUUGUUAUUUUUUAAUAGUAUGGCUGACUCCACGGUACAUGAAAAAUCACGCAGCAUACAGUUUAAAAAAUAUUCUAAUAAUAUACAAUAUCAUAAUGAUAAUAGCAAAUGUAUUCAUUAUAAUAGAAUUGACAUUGAUGACUACUAAAUUAAACUAUAGUUGGAUGUGUCAGCCAAUAACCUAUGUCAAUGCAGAAGCUGAGCUUAGGAUAGCAACAGCAGUAUGGUUGUACUAUAUAAUUAAAUUUUUCGAAUUAUUGGACACAAUAUUUUUGAUGCUUCGGAAGAAAGAUAAUCAACUGUCAUUUCUUCAUGUCUAUCACCAUUCAACAAUGUUCAUAUUCUCAUGGCUAGGAACAAAAUAUGUACCAGGAGGCUCAGCAUUUCUACCGAUAUUAAUCAACAGUGCUGUGCAUGUCAUAAUGUAUUUUUACUAUACAUUAGCUGCUAUACAAUGCUCAAAAAUCCAUAAAUACAAAAAAUUUGUUACAAUCAUUCAAUUGGCUCAGUUUUCGUUUGCUCUACCAUUAGGAAUUAAUGCCAUACAAAGUGGGUGUAAUUGGCCAUUAUGGAUGAAAUAUUUAUUUGUCUUUUAUAUUAUUACAAUGUUGGUUUUAUUUGGAGACUUUUAUAAGAAAAAUUAUAUAAAAAAAGUAAGCAAUAAUGAAAAUGAAGUUGGACAAUGUUUAAAGAAAUUGUGAUGUUUUUAA